AUGCCAUGUAUAUCGGCUUACGUAAUAUAUAGCCAAGUGGAAAAACUGCCGUUUAGCAUGAACUUCAUCAGUCAGCACAGCGUUUUUACACUCAAGGACUGCUGCGAAAUGGCUAGGAGGCCAGUAGAUAUACCUAUCCCUGCCUCGCCAGUGCAACCAUUUCCGAUACUCACUGAGUAUGUGGACAUUGUAGCGGGAUUUGGGCGAGGUUCUGCAGAGCUGGGCAUCCCGACUGCGAAUGUCCCAAUAGAACAAUUGCCUAGUGAAGUUAACGAAAUGGCCACAGGAGUAUAUUUUGGCUGGGCCCGGUUAAGGCCUAAUAUGGACCAAGAAGCGCAGGUCCAUCACAGAAAUGAUGGGAGCGAGGUCAUAUACAACUUUGGCUCCAAGCUGUCGGAAACAGAGCGUGGAGUCUUUCCAAUCGUGUUAUCGGUAGGAUGGAACCCGUUCUAUAACAACAGUAAGAAGACGGUUGAGUUGCACAUUUUAAACGACUUUGAAGAAGACUUCUAUGGCGCCAAAAUUAAGUUCAGCUUCCUUGGCUACAUCCGGCCCGAAUUAAACUACACCACGAAAGAGGCUUUAAUCGAGGAUAUCCACACGGAUAUCAAGAUAGCAUCUGAGGUAUUGCAUACCGAGCCCUAUUCUAGUCUAAAGAACCAGCUCUAA